UCUGGCAGAGCGACUGCGGGAGCUGAGACGUGCUGAGCUGCGAGCAGAGCAGCAGAGCCAAGGCUUGGAAGGCUAGGCUGGCGCGCUGCGCUGCGGGGCGCUGCUGAGGGCGAGCAACGGACUGGCCAGGCCGCCUCCCCGAGGCCCAUGCAGGGGCGAUACAGCCCGCUGCUCACUCAUGAGGCCUCCGCGGGGCGUGGGAAGGACCCAAGGCAUCCCGCUGGGGCUGCUCGCGUUCUGGGUAGCUACCGCCCGCUGUCUGCAGAGUCAGGGUGUGUCACUGUACAUUCCACGGUCGGCCAUCAACGCCACUGUCCAAGAGGACAUCCUGCUGUCAGUGGACUACAUCUGCCACGGCGUGCCCACUAUCGAGUGGAGGUACACACCUAACUGGGGUGUGCAGAAGAUCGUGGAGUGGAAACCAGGGACCCCAGCCAAUGUCUCCCAAAGCCACAGAGACAGAGUCUGCACCUUCGACAAUGGCUCCAUCCAGCUUUUCAGCGUGGGUGUGAGAGAUUCUGGCUACUACGUUAUCACCGUCACAGAGCACCCGGGGAGCAGCCAGUCCGGCACCAUCUUGCUACACGUGUCUGAGAUCCGCUAUGAGGACCUCCACUUCGUCGCUGUCUUCUUUGCUCUGCUCGCUGCUGUGGCUGUGGUGCUAAUCAGCCUCAUGUGGGUUUGCAAUCAGUGUGCGUAUAAAUUCCAGAGGAAGAGGAGGUACAAACUCAGAGAAAGCACCACUGAGGAGAUCGAGAUGAAGGAUGUUGAGUGUUAGCCAAGACUGUGCCAAUUACAUUGCUACCUCAAGAGAAAAACAGUAUUUCCAGUCGAAGGAACAAACCGCGCCAGUCCUUGCUGCAGCUUCCACACCCCUUUCCUGAGAGACAGCUGGAAGACAAGAAAGCUGGCUGUGCAUCUGGAGGUGACAGCCUAUGUAAGUCAGUUCUAGGACUUGCCUGUAGUUCAAAGAAAUAUCUGAGGCUUCAACCAGGAACUCUCUUUGGUUGCAGCUUCAGGACCACGCUGACCCUUAACACAGGCAGGCACCAGCUACCACUUACAAUAUGGACUGCGGUUCCACAUUGCCCUGCUGAGGGAGUCCCUGUCUCCAGGGCCAGCAUGUCUGCAGAGGGGCUAAUGUGCAGCUAGCACUGGAGCAGGCUCCUGUCUGAUGUGCAAACUCCUCCCCGCAUCUCACAUCCCAUAAACAUGAGCAAGCCUGGAGUUCCGAGACAGUCUGAUGAUGCGAGUGAACUGUACCUCGUGGGGAGCAGCUGAGUGCACGAAGGAACCAGCUUUGGGCACAGAGAGCAGAAGGCAUUGAUCUCAUCCUCCCUCAGAACUUGGGUUGCUAUGAGAAAAACAUGGCUUCAGUUGACCAGGGGUAGCUGAAUGGGCAGUACAACAGUAAAAUCCAUAAGCUUCCAGCUUCGUCCUGUUCGGUCACUGGAGACUUUAAAUCUCCAGUCAGAUCCUGGGCAGAGGAGCAUGUGGUAUUCACCUACCUCAUACGGCAUCAGGGACUAAGAAAAACAUGUGAAUCCUUGGAAGAUCUGGAAAGUUAGUUGAGAAAGUGCAAUAUUGUAUAGCAAAGGUUAAAAUGCCCUGGGGCGGGGCUGGAGAGAAGGCUCAGCACCUAAGAGCCCUUGCUGUUCUUGCAGAGGACCCUGAUUGCUGCAGUUCCGUGCACCCACAUGGUAGUUCACAACCUUCUGUAGCUCCAGUUCCAGGGAAUGAGUCUCUCUUCUGGUCCUCACGGGCACUGCACGCACACAGUGCACACAUAUAUGUGAAGGCAAAACAUUCAUACACGUGAAAUAAAGUUUAAAAAAGUAAAUCUAA